AUGGAACAUGGGAGCGCUCAGGAUAACGUGAGGAGGGACCAAUUGCUACUUAGUUCUGCAGAGGAAAUAGAACCUUUCUCUGCAGCAGGUGAAAGGCAAUUUCUAACUGAACACAUUUUGUCUUUUUUUCCUGUCUUCCAGACUUCAUUUUAUGGCAGAUUCAGGCACUUCUUGGACAUCAUUGAUCCGUGCACUCUCUUUGUUACUGAGAGCCGUCUGAAGGAAGCUGUGCAGUUGUUGGAGGAUUACAAGCAUGGGACUUUGCCCCCGGGAGUCACCAACAAAGAGCUGUGGGGAGCUCAAAAAAUAAAGCAGGCCAUCAUCCACCCCGAUACAAACGAGACCAUCUUCAUGCCUUUCCGAAUGUCAGGUUACAUUCCCUUUGGAACACCCAUCGUUGUUGGUCUUCUCUUGCCCAACCAGACGCUGGCAUCCACUGUGUUUUGGCAGUGGUUGAAUCAGAGCCACAAUGCCUGCGUCAACUAUGCAAACCGCAACGCGACAAAGCCUUCUCCGACAUCCAAGUUCAUCCAGGGCUACUUGGGAGCUGUCAUAAGUGCUGUCUCAAUAGCAGUGGGCCUUAAUGUUCUGGUUCAGAGAGCAAACAAGUUUACCCCUGCCACUCGUCUCUUGAUCCAGAGGUUUGUGCCAUUCCCUGCUGUCGCUAGUGCCAAUAUCUGCAAUGUUGUCCUGAUGAGGCACACAGAGCUGGAAGAAGGAAUUGAUGUUUUGGACAAUAACGGAAACAUUGUCGGGUCUUCCAGAAUUGCUGCAAAACACGCACUGCUAGAAACAGCCCUGACUAGAGUGGUCCUGCCAAUGCCUAUACUGGUUCUACCUCCAAUUAUUAUGUCCAUACUGGAAAAAACAUCACUCCUGAGGUCCCGUCCCCGGAUGAUUCUCCCAGUCCAAAGCCUUGUGUGCCUCGCUGCCUUUGGCCUGGCCCUCCCCUUGGCCAUCAGUCUCUUCCCGCAGAUGUCCGAGAUUGAGACAUCUCGGCUGGAGCCAGAAAUCGCAAUGGCCACCCCCAGUAAGACUGUAGUCUACAAUAAAGGAUUGUAAGUGGAAGCGGACAAUCUCAGCCCAGAAGAUUUGGGGAGGGAAAGGGGGAAACUUGAGAUCCCGACUGGGAAAAAGAAAACGACAACAAGAGAAAACAAAUAAUAGAGCUCAGCGAUAGUAACGUAUUACCGCUCCCGGCCAACUGGGAGUAAAUUAACACUUGCAGAGAACUGACGCCUCACACCAGUCAAAAAGAUUAAUAUUAGAAGUUUUAAAUUAGCAACAGGAGCAGCGACAAAAAACUUACAUUCAAACACUUUAGAGAACUAGCUAAAGAAUAAUCUCAGAACUUAAUAGCACUGCAUGGAGGGAUGUUUAACAGUGUGUUUACAUGGUUAUACCUAACUACAUGAAAAUAGGCUUCACCGAGCAAAUUUUGUUUUCAAUGCAAAUUAAAUCUCCACAC